AAGGAGAAGACGAGGACGAGGAAACGUAGCAAAUAAAUAAAAUAACAGGCUUCCCGUAAUGGCUACAGGAGUGGAUCAAGCAGUUGGCAUGAGUCUUGUUGUCUUCAGUAUCCUACUGUUUACAUACUACACACUCUGGGUCAUUGUCCUGCCUUUUGUGGACAGCCAUCACAUACUGCACAAGUACUUUCUUCCUCGAGAGUACUCAGUCAUUCUGCCUGGCAUUGCAGCUGUAAUAUUGCUCCUCUUUAUAGGGGCUUUCACUGCAGUUGUCAUGUUGAAGAAUCGAAAGCCAAAGAAAGUUGACUAAUUUCAGAUGAUAAUUAUAUAUGUAUAUCUAAUUCUGAAAAAAAUCAUCCUCUCUGCUGACUGCACAACCAAAAACCAUAGUUCCAUUUCCAAAUAGUCCUUGAAGCAUUGCUAACUAAGUUGUGACUUAGUAUUGUGACUAGUGUCAAAUUUGAAAACUCAGAACGCUUUGGUGUACCCAGGCACAGCAAAGCAUGGACUGGUAAACAUACGCCCCUUUCAUAACUGCAGUGUUAAAACAUUUUUGGUCAUUACCUUGGGGAGCUGUUGGUAGAAUGCAAACAUUAUAAAACUUCAGUUGAACUGGACCUAAUUCUCCAGACAUUACCUGGAAUUGAUGUGUGAAAACAACCAAAGACUAAAUCUGCUUACACUAAAGUUGAUGUCAUGAGAAUAAUUUCACACAAAAAAAUGUAUGGGGCUUUUAGUUUCAGUUUGAUUUGUUACCUUACUAGUUAAUUUGUUCAUUCCUUUUCUGUAACCGCUUGUCCUGUAGGGCCAUGUCCUGGCUGUCAUCGAGUGCCGGGUAUACCCUGGACAGGUCUUACUAGUUCAAAUUUAAGUUAAUAAUGAAAAAUAGACUUAACAUAAGACACCUAUAGUGGUCAGUUUUUUUAAAAAUGUAAAAGUGCAGCUGAAAUCUGUUUCUGUCUCAUAUACUUGAUGUAAUCUAGUCAUUAAUCGUAAUAUUAAAGAAGUUGGAAAAUUGGCACUGUAUAAAAUAUAUGCCAGAAUAAUCUGCAAAUACAGUUACAGACUGUAUGGAAAUUAUUUUUUGCAAUGUUUGAAAUGCAUAAAUUGGUUAUAAAUUUUGUCUGCAAUUAAGCUGGAAAUGCAGCCAGUGGGCCUUUCUUUUCAAUAAAAUGUGAAGCUGGGGUUCA